AUGGCGCCACCCGGAAUCGAACCGGGGCUAAAGCAGGAUCAGUGUACACAUGUGUACAUUACCACAAUGCUUCGUCAUACCACUAGACCAUGGCACCUAUUGGAUGAAAGAAGGAACUUAUUUGGCUCUAUUUGGUCAACAAUUGUCAGUGGAAAAUGCUGGCUAAUAGGCGCCUUAUCUAAAGUAGUUGGGUUAGUUGACUAG